UUAAGGAUGCAUCCUAAGAUCAGCUGUGUGCUGUCAUGUCAACUGUCAAGUCAAACUCAAUGUCAAGUCAUCAAUCAAGAAAAAUACUAUGUGAAGAAAGUUUCUUUCACAAAAUGUAACAGAUUUCUCCUAAUAUAUUUUUGUGACUAGAUAUUAUUUUGUGAAUUAAUAGUUUAUGAAUAACUUGUUACAUAACAGUUAGAAAAGGUCAUAUUGAAUGUGAUGUGUAACUACUAAGCUAUAUCUGUAAAAGAUAAAGGAUGUGUUCUCUUCCGCCGCCGCCACCGCCGCCUCCUCAGACCCUCGACCUCAAGCACGACUCUUCAGAGCUGCCUUCAUACGCAGACAGCAACCCAACGCCAAAAUUUCCAGAAAUUUGCGAAUGGGCGUCAAAAAACCUUGACUUGUGGGAAGCUUGUGCUAAAAAUAGUAUUUGCCCUCAAAUCGCGCCUUUUAGAUAUUGUUACAAACAUUUUGAGUCUAUUCUACAAGUUGGGCCUACUUGUGGAUUGGCAGCUCUCUCUAUGUUAGUGAGAGGGAAGGUUACGGCCAGUGAAAUGUUAGAUAUAUGUAAGCAAGAAGGAUACAGUAAUAAUGGAGAGAUGCUGAGUAGUAAGGAUAUGAUGAAGUUGGCGGAGAAAGUUUUCAGCUUGGCAGACAUGGAGCGAGUGUCCUGUGGAGUGAAGUUUGGACAUCUUUUCAGUGAAGAUAUUAUAGAACAGUUGUUGGAUGGGGCUGUGCUGCUAGUUCCUUAUGAUGCAGAUGCGAACCAUUCCCCAUGCCUCAGGCAGGGCCACAAGGCACACUGGGCACUCGUCAGCGGGGUGAUCGUCAGACAUUCCACACCAAAACUAGACUCGGACCCUGACAAUGUCUAUGUACUAUGCAGGCAUGGCAAAUCUAAGUACCUGGCUACUUGGAGGCUGGCUGACCUCUACAACAGUAAUAAGAACCUAUGGGAAUUUAUACCUCCCAAAGGUAAAGAAAACCAGUUGUUUAUUAUACCUAAAGGAGGAAUAGGAGGGGUUGAUGGUCUCAGAAAACAAUUUGUGAUAUUUCAUGGCUUAUAGUCUUAUUUACAGGCAAAAUUGUGUUAUAAAAUCUUUGUACUAUGGCAAAUUAUCUAAUUUUAAAGGAUUUACAUCUAGUCAAUGAUGGUUACAGUUUUAUAAGAUUAUUUAUUGUUAGAUGUUUAUAAAAUAAAAGAUAUAUUUAUUUCAAUGCAAAAUUUUAUUUGUACAAUAAAUACAAACCAUACUUGCAAAUUAUGAUAAAAUAAUAUAUCUCAUCACUUCACUUAAAAGUAGUGUAAUUAAAUCAUAAAUUGUAAGUCAAACUGAAAUAAAAUCAUUAGCCCUGGGGGAGUAUUCAAUACAAAUUAUUGCACUGACAUCAGUUUCUCGUUUUUACAGAAAAUAAUAUAGGUAUUUAGUAGAUAACAAACAUAAAAAUAUUUUUGUACUAAUUUAACUUAAAAGAACAUACAUGUUUUAACGAAAUUCAUGAAUUCGUUCGGCCAUUCCUCAUGGACACAAUUUGUGAUGAUUUACAAAAUGACACCAAAUACCUAGUUAAACACAAUUAUAUUAUUUUAACCAAAUUUUAUGUUAUUCUGAAAUAAUAUAAUGCCAAUAUGUUGAUAGCUAUGAGAUCAAAUUAUAUUAAUUAAAUAAUCGUAAAUUAUAAGUAUUACAAGCUAUUACACGAAUAUACGAUUAUGGAACAACGUUACGCUAGAGUGGACGAAUAUUGUCGGUAAUAUUUGGUUCUAUUGUAAGACAGUAGAAUGAUACAGCAACCAUUACUGACAAUAUGGCCCACCUACACAUCGGCUAGGCCUCUAGAUAUGACGAAACUUAAUUUAUCUUGAGCUUCUUUUUGUUUUAAUUGCCAACACUAUAAUGGCACCAUAAUUGUAAGUCCAAUGAUAUCUGACUGCUCUAAUUCAGUAAAUUACAUUAAACAGUUAUUGCGAUACGUUUAAAUAGAGCUACAACUGAAACGUAACAACUAUCCUACAUUAUUGAUCUUGGAUGGUUUAUAUUCGAUUCCUACGAUCCAAAUUUGCUUAGAUACUUACUCUAAGCUGCCCCUACCUACAUAAAAACGCACAGUGCUCUACUUUCACACACAGAACAAUUUUAUAUCCAACAAAAACCAUUUCCAUUUACAUGACUUCAAUCAGACAUGAUCGUUACUACCUAAUACCUAUCUUUCCACCAGACAAAAAUAUUGUAGCCAAAAUUCUUCACUGUAGGAUGUGUAAACGAAUCUAACUUUGCAACUUCUGCACGUUAUAUUAUAAGGGGACAGCAAAGCGCUCUGUACAAGGUCCACCUGGCUAUUGACAAUAGAUGGGCCGUGCAGAGGGGACUGAACGAGUUAUGAUUAUUACAAAGUUAGAAAGGAAAUGUCGCAUCUUAUUACUCGUAUUUUAGCCUCUAGGAAUCAUAAUGUUUCCUGUAAACCUUACGGCGAUGGCAUAGAGUCGGCUUUACUAUUGUUUCAUAUUAAAAGGAAAGGUCAACUAAUUAUUACUGUUAAAUUAUAGUUGACUUGUCGAAGCAGUUAUUCGUUUUAAAUAAAAUCGUUAACCCAUUUUAAAUAAUUAAAUUGAGUCUCACGGGAGUUUUAUGGUUAAAAUUAUUAUUUUCUAACUUUGUAAUAAAACCUCUAUUCAUAUUAAUAAAGUAAAAUUUCAUACGCAUUUAAUACAAAAAGAAGUUUUCCAUAUUUCGUGACGACUAGAGCGCGUAUCAAUUAAUUAUCAAUAUUUAUUAUUAAUUGUAUUGAAUUGGUUAUUUAUUACAGAUUAAUGGAGAAAAAGUAUUGUUUGAUGAGCUUAUACUGGUUAUACUCGUAUUUCUGUGUGGUACUAAUUGUGAAUGAGGCAAAUAGGUACGGUACCUAAGACCUGUUACUUUAUUAAAGCAUGACAUAGCGAAUAAUUAAACUUAGUUUGCCUAUUAUGUACAUCCAUCAAAUAUAUCGGAGCUGUC